AUGAGUACUACUGGUAAUUCUUCGAACGUGAGUAGUACCUCUACAACUUCUGAGUUUUCAUCGUCAACUGUAGAGCCGUCCCACCCUCUCUAUUUGUAUCCAUCAAAUUCUCCUGAUACUGUUAUUGUAGCCAGUACUUUCAAUGGAUUAGGAUAUGGAAGUUGGCGUCGAGGUAUGCUCAUAGGCCUUUCUUGUAAGAACAAGCUCGGUUUAAUCAACUGGACGGUUGCUAAGCCUAGUGCGGAUUCGCCUCUAUAUGAGGCUUGGUGUCGGUGCAACGACAUGGUUACAGCUUGGAUUCUAAAUAGCCUAGAUUUAGAAAUUAGAGAAAGCGUGAUGUAUACUGAAUCUGCCCAAAAACUAUGGAAGGAGAUCGAACAAUGUUAUGGAAAGCCAAAUGGAACUAAAGUGUUUCAAAUACGCAAGGAAAUAUCUUCAAUUUCUCAGGGUUCAUCCAACAUAGCCUCCUAUUUCAGUAGGAUCAAAAAGCUUUGGGAUAAAAUGGUUUUCUCCAUCACCUACCCUCCUUGUGUUUGUGGAUGUAAGGAAGGUUUUCAGAAAUUAGAGGAGGACCAGAAAGUUCACUAA